UGGGAAAGGGAAGGGGUGGUUGAGAGAAAGAGAGGUGGUAGGGCGGAGGGAUAGGGCGUUCGGAGCAUGAAUCGUAGAGCGGGCGGAUGGACGGACGGGCGGAUGGACGGACGGACGCAAACGCUGAAAUCAGCUCGGCCGAUCGAUACGAUAAAUGGAUGCGUGCGAUUGGUAGCCAGGAAAAUCGAUGACGAACGCGAAUACAGGGGGGCUACAUAGACACAUAGGGAGGAGGGAGAGUCUAUACUAGCUCGGCGAAAGCGGCCGCCGCUACUGCCGCUGCCGUUGCCGCUGCCACCGCCGCCGCCGCCGCCGCCGCCGCCGCUGCUAUCGCCGCCGCUGCCGCUGCCGCUGGCGGCGGCGGCGGUGAGGAUGGAGCAAAGACCGAAAUAUCGAUUUUUAGGCCCCUACGCGGCGCGGUUCGAUGCUCAUAUCUGCCCCCGUCUUCCCCCUGGCCGUGCGUCCGCGCCGUCGGAGAGAGCGGCCGAGGGAGAUAGAAAGAGAGAACGAGAGAGAAGGCACCUUUCAAAACACCGACGACGACGACGACGACGACGUCGACGACGAGGACGCGCGCGAGAUACACCGUCGCGGUGCCGUCGCAGAAACGAGAAAACAAAAGAUGGCCAUCGCCGCUUCGGAGAAUUAUCAACUGAAAUGGCACAGCUACGGGGCUCAUCUUCACAGCUCCGUCGCGACGCUCCUUCAUUCGGAAUCCUUUGCGGAUGUUCUUCUGGCAACGUCCUGCGGCCGGCACGUGGCGGCACAUCGAUUUGUCCUUGCAGCCUGCUCUUCGUACCUAAGUCACAUCUUUCAAACCUGUCAUUUUGGGGCCAACUCGAAUGCCCCGACGAUCGUGGUAUUACCAACGGAGAUCGGUUACCGCACGUUGAAGAUUCUUAUACAGUACAUGUACAGUGGAGAGGCAACUGUGACGAACGAUCAAUUGGAAGGAGUAUUAAAGGCUGGAGAUAUAUUGAGAGUACGUGGAUUAUGGAGAUCGAACACGGGUAGUAAAAAGGAGAACAUACAGUCUAACAAUCAAAAGGUCGAACGUGAUAAAAAGGAACAACCACCGUUGACCGGACAGAUACAGAAGAUAAAGCUGGUCCAGCCAACUACGGAGAAGAUCGUUGAAAACGUUCAACAACCAGCGACAACUCAGAAUACCGUUCAAGCCCAAAAGCCGGUCGAAAGGAAGAAUGCGGAAAAGGUUGAGGAGAAAUCAAGUGAACCUGAAACUAAAAAGGUCUUGGAGGAGAACAAGAAUAACGAACAGAACAAGAAUAAGGAAAAUCUCGAGGCUAAUAGGAAAACGAGAAAGAGCGUUAGCAGCGAUGUCGAGUCUAACAAGUCGAGAAGCGAAGGUGGUGAAAAUGCGGAAUUAAAUUUAGAACUGUUAGUGAAGGACGAGCCGAUCGAUUGGGAAGAAAGUAUCGAUCCAUCCGAAUCCUUGACGAUAGACCAUGAGAUCGAUAUCAAACCAGAGAUCGUACACAGUGCCGACGAGGAUGGUGAUUUGGAAGAGGAAGAAUAUACUCCGUUAACGUGCGACAUGUGCAGUCAAACUUUCAACAGGCCGUCGGAUUGGGUGAGGCAUAUAGAAUUUACUCAUGCCGAUAUGACUGAGAAUAGAAGAAAGAAGAGGAAGGGUGACGUAGACGACGAUAGUAAAGACUUUCCACCUUUAAAGUGCGAUCUCUGCGGUAAUAUGUAUCCAACGCCUCAGGAAUGGGUACGUCACAUACAGACGGAACACACGGAAGAACAAUUGGCCUUGAUGAACAACUCGGCACCUCCUAAACCAAAAAGGGUACACAGUCAUCAAAAAUUAUGUAAUAUUUGUCAAAAAGUAUUCCCGAGUCACGCAUCGAUGGUAAUACAUCAAAGAACGCAUACGGGAGAGAGGCCUUUUCUUUGUUCCUAUUGUAAAAAAGGCUUUAACGUAAAAAGUAAUUUAUUGAGGCAUUUAAGGACGCUUCAUGACAAAUUCGUGCAUCCCAGCUUGUAUGGGAGUAACGGUAACAAAAAUGGCUAAAUUCUUUCUAAUUUCUCUGAAAUACCGAAAGAAAGAAAGAAAGAAAGAAAGAAAGAGAGAAAGAAAACGCAUUUUUUUAUUUUAAGCUCGAUAAAGCGCGUAAAUCGUAUGGCAUCGUUUACGUAUUUAUUAUUACGUCGGAAACAAACAGAAAGGACAAAAGUAAAUUAUGUGAAUAAAGAAAGAUCGACUUGAUCGAUAAAACAAUAAUCGUUUGGAUCUAUGCGAAAAGACUUCUCUAGAAAGAGAUAUCUCGAAAAUAAUUAUCGCAAUUCAAUAAAGUUCAACGAUUAUCGAUUAAGCUGGACAUUUCUGUCUUUAUCCUAAUGAAUAAUACUUUUGUGAUCUUGCAUAUUCGAAAUAAAUAUGCUGAGGAUCAAAAACAUUCAAUUUCGGACAGUUUCCUUUUUUUUUUUCUUUUUUUAUCUUUUUUUUUUUUUUUUUUUUUUUUUUUUUUGGUAACGAAGAAGCAAUAUGAGGGCUUUAGAACCAAAGAGGCUGAUUAAUAUUGCCAAAGUAUCUUCUUUUAUUGCUACUUCGACUCUUUUCACGUACACCGGUAAUCUAAUUAGUUGGAUUAGAAACUUUGUUUAAGGGUGCAUGAAUAAGAGACGAGACGAACGAUUUUAUCACAUAUAGAGGUCUUCGCGCGAGCGAGAGAGCGAGAGCGAGAGAGAGAGCGAGCGAGCGAGCGAGAGAGAGAGAGAGAAAGAGAGAGUACUUGCGUGUAAAAUAAUUCAUAAUAUAAAUCAACGUUUAACGAUUAAUAUUUAUUUACUUAGUAAUUAUACGAGAUCCAAAUUAUGUAAGAUUUAAUUGUAUACUUCUAGGCUAUUCCAUCCAUGGUAGCCCUCUUAUUCCCACAGCUCGUAAAGCUGAUUAUGUAUUUUUAUAUUAAAGUAGCUUAUACACGAAAAGGUAUAAGAUGUAAGACAUUAGGAAAUAAGUGAAACUUUAAAUUUUGAUUAGAUUAGGAUGUAAGAAUAACGCAUAAUUCAAAAUUUAUCAAAAAUUUUGGAAAUAUAUUGAGUUCUUCUUACAUAUUAAAAUGCGACAUUAUCAAAAGUGGUCACAGUUUACAAAACAGUAAUGAUAUGAACCUGAAGAAUGACACCAUUUUAUCUUGUUAAUCAUGAUUGUGUCACUCUACUAUGAACUUUAGUGUCAAUUCAACAUUGCGCUAACACUGUGACAAGCCAAAUGACUUUUAAAUGUAAAAUUUAAAUAAUAUACUAUCUUCAAAGUA